AUGCCUGUAGUUGUAAUGGAAAACAUUAUUGGUCUUUUGGAUUUCCGAUCAGUCCUUACCCUUCGCCAAGUUUGCCGUGAUUUCUGGAAUUUUAUCGAUGAUUUGAAGGAUUCCAAAUUGCCAGACUCUAAACUCAAAGGACUGACAUUAACAGUGAGAAAAGGACGAAAAUUGGAGUUUAAAAUUGAGUAUUUUGAUGGAUCAAUCGAUAUAAUUGAAUAUAUGGAAAAUUCGAGAACGUAUAAAGAAAAAAUAACAAAUUUGGAGAAUUCCAAUUUUUUGGAUGUGGCGAUUCAAAACGAUUUGAAAUGGAUUCUAAAAUUUCAAAGAGGCAGUUCGGACCUUUUUGAAAUCGGUAUGGAUUUGCAGGCUGUGUAUUUGCGACCGGAAGAUGAGCAAUUAUAUCAGGAUGUGAUUGAACAGCUGAGCAAUUGCAUGAAUCGAAAAAUCAAAACCAAAAAACUGCAAAUCUGGGCCAACAAAAAUUCAGAAUUUCUUUCAAUUAUCCAGAUAGUUGAUCCAAAAUUCGUAGUAGAACUUAAUUUUCGUCCCAGAUUUUUCGCUUUUGAAACUGAUGAAAUUUCGAAAACUGAGCAAUGGAAAAUGGCCAAAGUUUUCGGUUUUUGA